GUAUACAUGGGUGACCUUCCAAAGGCUGGUGGCUUCUCUGCAUCAUCCCUGCACACUAGGAUGCUGCAACAAGUUUUGGGCAGCAGGGCAUCAGAAUCUCUAAUCCACAGCUAUAAGAGGAGCUUCAACGGAUUCGUAGCAAAGCUAACAGAGAAAGAGAGGGAAAAACUAGCUGGCAUGGAGGGUGUUGUGUCUGUAUUUCCCAACCAAAAGAAGAAGCUCCAUACGACGAGGUCAUGGGACUUCAUGGGCUUCCCACAAAAAGCAGAACCAGGAGUUGAGAGCGACAUUAUAAUUGGGAUGCUUGACACUGGUAUCUGGCCUGAAUCUCCUAGCUUUGACGAUGAAGGAUUUGGCCCACGUCCAAGCAAAUGGAAGGGCAUUUGCCAGUCCUCAACAAAUUUCACCUGCAACAACAAAAUCAUAGGAGCUAAGUACUACAAAGCUGAUGGAAAGUUCAGUAAAGUAGACUUUGACUCACCGCGAGACUCAGAAGGCCAUGGCACACACACCGCUUCCACUGCUGCUGGCCGGGUAGUGAAAAAGGCCAGCUUAGUAGGCCUGGCCUCAGGGACAGCACGAGGAGGCGUUCCUUCUGCCAGGAUUGCUGUGUACAAGAUUUGCUGGUCGGAUGGCUGUGCUGACGCUGAUAUACUUGCUGCAUUCGAUGAUGCAAUUGCCGACGGGGUAGACAUAAUCUCUCUUUCAGUUGGGAGCUUCUAUCCCUUGGAGUACUUCGAAGAUUCAAUUGCCAUUGGGGCUUUCCAUUCUAUGAAAAAUGGAAUACUCACAUCCAACUCUGCUGGUAAUUCCGGCCCUGAUCCAGAAACAAUCACUAAUUUCUCUCCAUGGUCCCUCUCUGUGGCUGCCAGCACCAUAGACAGAAAGUUUGUCACCAAAGUGAAGCUAAGAAACAGUGCGGUUUAUGAAGGUGUCUCCAUAAACACCUUCAACCCUAAAGAUAAAAGGUUCCCUUUAGUUUAUGGUGGGGAUGUGCCCAAUACUGCAGCAGGCUUUGAUGGAUCAGAUUCCAGGUACUGCAUCCCAGACUCGCUGGAUAAAAAAUUGGUGAAGGGAACAAUUGUUCUGUGUGAUCAGUUGAACACAGCAGAAUCACAACUAGAUGCAGGUGCAGCUGGUACCAUAAUGCAGGAUGAAGGAUACGAAGAUAAUGCCUACUUAUUUCCCUUGCCUGCUGCCUAUCUAGAUUUGAAGGAUGGCAGUGAAGUUUAUCACUAUAUAAACACAACAAGAGGGCCGACAGCAACCAUAAUGAAGAGUAUAUCGGUUAAAGACAAACUGGCUCCAUCUGUUGUUUCAUUCUCAUCCAGAGGCCCAAACCCAAUAACAAGGGACAUCCUCAAGCCGGAUAUUUGUGCGCCAGGAGUGGACAUUCUGGCAGCUUGGUCGCAGGCUACGACGGUGACGGGCAUAGAAGGAGAUAGAAGGGUGGUUCCCUAUAAUAUCAUCUCCGGCACGUCCAUGGCUUGCCCCCACGCCACCGGCGUAGCCGCCUAUGUGAAGUCGCUUCACCCGAUGUGGUCUCCGGCAGCCAUCAAGUCCGCUCUUAUGACAACUGCUUUCCCGAUGAGUCCAGAAACCAAUACGGAUGCGGAGUUCGCGUACGGAGCGGGCCAUCUGAAUCCGGCUAAAGCAGGGGAUCCGGGUCUGGUAUACGAAGCCGGAGAGGUCGACUACGCCCGGUUUCUAUGCGGGCAAGGAUACAACACCACGUUACUGAGGCUCGUCACCGGAGAUCAAACUAGCACUUGCUCCAAAUCCAGCAAUGGCACCGUCUGGGAUCUGAACUACCCUUCUUUCGCCCUAUCUGUUAAGAGCAAGAGCGCGCAGAUCACCCGGGUGUUCCGCCGGACCGUGAUAAAUGUUGGGUCUCCGGCGGCCACCUACAAGGCCAGAGUGGUGGCACCGCGGGGGCUGAAGGUGACGGUUUCGCCGGACGUACUGGAGUUCAUGGCAGUUGGGCAGCAACAGAGCUUCACGGUGACAGUUGGGGGGAAGGUGGAGGGGAAGGUGGCGUCUGGUUAUUUAAUGUGGCUUGAUGGGGUGCAUCAAGUGAAGAGCCCCAUUGUUGCUUCUUCUUAUUCUUAAUUAAGUUCUUAUGCAAGGUUCUCCACCAUGUAUGCUGCUUCUUCUUCUUGGCAAGUGUAUGAUGACUGGAUGACAUCAAAGUCAAAUUUGAUACUGUACUUUUUACAGAGUAUUGGCAUCUUAUAUAUUGAGCGGGCAGUUAUUCUAUAGAGAUAUUGAAGUAGUAGAAAUUUCACCUACAAUUCGAAGAAAUGCUCUUUUGAGUUUUAUUGACAAAUAUU